UGGAGCAUGCGCAAAGGUCUGUAGAGUAGCAGUCGACAACAAACUCGAAAAUAAGAGAGUACUGACUGUCAUUCCGCUGCAUUCCGAAUGACAAAAACAUGGGAUGUGGUGGCAGUACGUUAGAGAAUGAUAGCCCAGGGUUAGUUUUGCACAAGAGGGACAAAAUUAAAAUAAAUCUUCAUAUUGGCAAAGAAGUGAAAAUUCUAUCUACGAGGCCUCAAGUAAUCGUCGUGUUUGGUGGCCCAGGAAGUAGGAAAGGAAAGCUUCUAGAUGAUGUCUCACAUGUUUAUGGAUUAAAACUGAUUAGCACAGAAACAGUGCUAAUGGAAGAGUUGUCCAAGAAGUUAGAAAAUCCAAAUUCCAGCAAGAGAACAGAAGAUAUUGCAGCUUUGUUGAAGACCCAGCCAGAACUGUUACGAUUGCAAUGGAUCUUCGGUCUUAUAUGCAACCAAAUAGAAAAAGAGGGCAAAGAUAACUGCAUAUUGUGGGACUUCAUGCCAAAUCUCAAAUUCCUUAUGACCCCAUUCAGAAAUGUAAAAGAAUGUGAAAAUGAUUUCAAAAUCUUUGAAAACAGAUUUCCUAUUUCCUUUGCAAUCAAUUUCACUGUCACAAGUGAGAAGAAUAUCCUGGCCCCUCAGUGUGCUGUUCCAAAGGCAGCAGAACCGAAAGAAACUAAAACACAAAGUGCUCAGCCGAAGCAAUCUGAUGAGGCCGACACUGGAAGACUAGCGAAAAGAGCCCGUCUCUAUGCUGAGUGUGUUCAAAUAUUCACAGACUAUUUUGCAAAGCGAGAGAAACUUGUCUCCAUGGAUGUAUCCUCCAAAGCAAAGGAAGACAUCUGGGAUAAAGUCUGUGAAUUUUUUUCCAAUCUCGAAGUUCCACAUGUCAGAAACGUAGAUACUGUCAUCUUUUUUAUUUUUGAUGACAACGAUGCUCAAAAUUACUACACUGAUUUUCUGGAUGCAAAGCGUGUCAAUGUUCGUGACAUGGCAGUGAAUAUUGCAGCACCACCGGAACAAAUUAUUCCAGCAGUAUGCAAGUAUAUUGAUGAUACAUAUCCAAUACAGAAGAAGUUUAUUGUAGAUCUUCAACAGUCUGCGAUCACAAGGGACUGCAUGAAAAAGUGGAUGCUUUUGAAGAAGGCUUUCAAAUCUCUGCUGGACCCGAAAAAGGUCAUCCAAUUCAGGGACAUUGCUGAAAAUGUGGACGUUCAACGGUACAUUCCCCUACAGACCAAGACGAAACACAAGCUAACCAAAGUGUCUGCUCUCUGCUCCUCAGAGAACGAGGUUUGUCUGUUCCCGGCAGAUGUCCCUCACAGUCUGUGCAAGUAUAUCGCUGGACUCUAUCGAGCCUAUCAGGACUAUGUGAUAUCUAAGUCAUAAUACAGCAUACAGUGGGUCAUCAUUAGGGGAACAUUGAUCACUAUGCCAAACUUCACGAAGCACCUGACAUAGUUGUGUAUUGUUGAAACCAUUCCCCCAUUUUCUUUAACUCAUUUUCAACCAUAUAUAUUUCAUUUGUUGACGUGCUACAAGUUAUACUUCUGUGAUCCUAGAGAUAUUUUGACUAUCAUCAUAGUCUAAUUAGACAUUUAUAUAUUUACUAUUUUUUCUGACCUUUUAAUUGUUAUGUUAUUGAAUGUAGUUGAAUUAUAAUAAAUUUAAGAGUUAAUCAA